CCACCACCACAAGAUUUGCGCGUCUCCUUUGGGGCAAGAGAAGAAGUAAAGCUCUAUUUAAAGUCCCAAGUGCUUGUGCUUGUGCUUGAAGAGGAGAAACGCCAAUCACCACAAAUCACUGAGAGAUCGUUUUUGUUCCGAGAUAUAUCUGGUUUUGAUAGCUCCGGGCUGAGGCGUGAAGGUGAUAUCCUUGGAUUGCACUGCCUUUCGGGACUCAGACACAACUUGAUCUGCUUCAAGGCAACUUCUUCUCAAACACUGAAACCCAUCGCAGUAAUUUCAUCUCUGCAUCGCUCCUCGAGAAACCAUUUGAGACUAUCGUCUACUGAUUAGUCUUCACUCGCUUUCUCUGUUCUUUUCCCUCUUGAAAGUUCUCGCCCAGGCUUGUUCAGGGUCUCCUCUUCCCGAUCUCGCGCCUCUCGUCGCAUCUCAGCUCGCAGAAGUGUGUUUCCGGGCCCUUUUUGCCUAUUGGGGAUGUGGGGGUGGCUGCUGAAUAGCAGAGGAGGGUCUUCUAUUCUCUCUUUUGGAGCCGCUGUUGCCUGUUAACGAGUGCACCUGAGGCGUCGCCAAGAACACCCGCAAUCGCUCCUUCCGAACCACACUGGCUUCAAAGGACCCCCCAUCGAUAUUUCACCUUGAGGGACCGGUUUCUUCGGCGGGCACCGAUUCGCAGGUAAAUCAACUGGAAUCGUGUCAAAGUUUCGAACUUUCAGCGUUCCGCUCGCUAUGAUUUCUGAUCACAGGCUCCGCCGAUGCAUAUUAGGGUUCCUGUGUGCUUGGGGGGGUUUCUUCGUCGGAGCACACGAGGUCGUCUCUGGAUUUCCAGAUACACCGGAGAAGAGCUGCGAUCUUAUCGAAAGAUAGUGAGUUCCCUUGUCCGUCGUUGGUGAUUUCCGUAGCAGCCACUCGUCCUUUCUCGUGGAUGUUCUGACCCCGAGAUCUGCAAAAUUUGCCUCGGUGUCUUUCCGAACCGAGCCGGUCCGGGUUGAGGCGUGAAGGUGUGAAUCCUCGGAUCGUACCGCCUUUCGGGACUGGGACACGACUUGAUCUGCUGCUGCUUCGAGGCAACUUCUUCCUCUCGAACACUGAAACCCAUCACAGUAAUUUCAUCUCUACAUCGCUCCUCGAGAACAAUUCGAGACUAUCGUCUACUCUGAUUAGUCCUCACUCGCUUUCUCUGUUCUUUGCCCUCUUGAAAGUUCUCGCCCAGGCCUGUUCAGGGUCUCCUCUCCCCGAUCUCACGCCUCUCUUCGCAUCUCAGCUCGUGGAAGGUAAUCGCUUUUCCAUCUCUUAUUAGCGUGUCGUUUCUGUGUAGAUUCUGUCGCUUUGGUUAUUGGAAAAAUCGGCUGAACUAAGUGUGUUUCUGGGGCCCUUUUUGUCUAUUGGGGAUGUGGGGGUGGCUGCUGAAUAUACCAGAGGAGGGUGUUCUAUUCUCUCCUUUGGAGUCAGCUGUUGUUACCGGUUAACGAGGGCCACCUAAUCUUCCAUAGUGAAACGACGUCAACUGACUUAAUUGAAGGCCGUGUCGUCAUUACCUAUACAUAUCUCAAGAACACGAACCUUCUUCAGCGUUGCCUAGGGGAGAAAUUGACGUACACGCUAUUCGGAGUGGACCAAGCCAACAGGCAUUUGCAGAAAAGCAUCCUAAAAGCAUUUUCAUUAUUCAUCAAUCCUUUUAAGCAGCAGAAAAGCAUCUUUCGUUUCAACUUUCCCCCUCAGAUUGCCAUGGACAAAGGGCAGUGUCAAAGAAAGAGAGCAGAGGAAGAGAGCAUUGAGGGAGCAUCCACUUCUUCGUUCAUCUCUCCGGUACCCACAGAUGUAGGUAGCGGUCAAUAUGAUGUGUUCUUGAGCUUUAGAGGCUCGGAUACCCGCAAGGCAUUCACCGAUUGCCUCUAUCACAGUUUGGUAGAGGCAGGGACUGUACCCAUUUGCGUGUUCAAGGACGAUAACAGCAUACCAGUUGGUGAGGAAUUUGGUUCAAAGAUUCUGGAUGCCAUCACAUGGUCUAAGAUUUCGAUCCCCGUCAUCUCUGAAAAUUAUGCUUCAAGCAAAUGGUGCCUCCACGAGCUCAUUCAUAUCAUGGACCGCAAGAAGAGCACGUCACACAUAGUCUUGCCCAUUUUUUACAAAGUUGCCCCAUCGGAUGUGCGGCAUCUAACAGGACAUUUUGGAGACGCCUUUUGCUUGAGUCAGGAGAGUCUCGAUGAAGAGGAUAUCCAGGAAGGGCAACAAGCACUUAAGGAAGUCAGUUACUUAAAUGGAUGGGAAUCUGAAAAAAUUGCCAAUGGGCAUGAGGGAGAAUUAAUAGCACGUGUGGUCGAAACUGUUCUAAGUGAGUUACGGGGAGAUUUUCAGCUAGAUGUGCCUAAGCAACUAGUGGGACUUGAUGGUCAUCUGAAGAAAAUUAUGAAUUGGAUAGACAGUCCUUCCAUCAAUGCUCGAAUGAUUGGAAUUUAUGGCAUGGGCGGGAUAGGCAAGACAACUCUUGCCAAGCGUAUCUACAAUGAACUCUUGAAUAAAUUUGUGCAUGUAAGUUUCCUUCCAGAUGUUCGAGAAACUACUAGGCGCCACGGUAUUACGUAUUUACAGAGUCAACUAAUAUCGGAUAUACAACAGAGCAAAAGUCAAGUGUCUAGAAUUGAUGAUGGAAUUAAUAUAAUCAAAUCUAGAUUCAGGGGAAAAAAGGUUCUUAUUCUUCUGGAUGAUAUAGAUGACAAGAAUCAACUAGAUGCGUUGGCUAGGGAACAUAAUUGGUUUAUGGCAGGAAGUAUGAUCAUUGUUACAACUAGAAAUGAAGCCGUUCUUGAUCAAUCUGAAUUCGAGGUAGACUACAAGUAUGAAUUGUAUGGAUUGGAUGAGGUGCAUGCUUUGCUUCUAUUUAACAGACACGCAUUUUGUAUGGACCAUUCUCCGAGGGACUUUGAGGGUAUAUCUCGUGAUAUCAUAUCCACCAUGGGUGGGCUUCCUUUGGCACUUAGGGUCGUAGGUUCAUACUUGUAUAAAAAAACAAAUCGGGAAGUAUGGGAAGAUGUGCGGAAGCAAUUAAAAAACCAACCACAUAAAGAUGUCCAAGAGAUAUUGCGAAUAAGUUAUGAUGCAUUAGAAGAUGGACAUAAGCAGAUUUUUCUCGAUAUUGUUUGUUUCUUUAUUGGCAAACGUAGCGAAGUGCGCAAAUUCGCCAUGUACAUGUGGGAGGACUGUGGGUUUUAUCCAAGUCAAGGAAUUGAAGAGUUGAAGUUGAGGUGCUUAAUUAAAAUUGGAGAUGAUGGUGAGUUUAUGGUGCAUGAUCAACUGAGAGAUCUUGGAAGGAGCAUUUUUUGUCAAGGACAACCGCUUGACAAACGUUGUGGGCCAUGGGAUUGCAACUACCGGGGAGCCUCGAGGGUAGUAAGGGACUAUAAGAGGUCCUGGUUCCGUGACUGGAUGCGGACAGCUACAAGCGGAGACUCUUCUAACGAACUCCUUUCUGAAAUAAGAUGGCUUCAGUGGGAGGUCUGGAGAAGCAAAUCGCCUCUUCCAACGACCAAUUUGCAUCUACCGAACUUAUCGGUGCUGGAAUUAUCAGAGAGCGUGAUGACAGAGGACCGGGAAGAAGGGAGUUUGAUGACGCCGCCAGAGCGGCUACAAGUUCACAGAUGGUGCUUUGGUUUAAGAUAUACUCGUGAUUUCUCGGAUUUAUCACACAGCCAGAUCAUCACAGAGGAUUGGGAAGGAUGGAGUUUGAUCACGCCGGCAAAGCAGCUUCAAGUUCACAGAUGGAUCUUUGGUUUAAGAUGUACUCCUGAUUUCUCGGAUUUAUCAUACAGCCACAUCAUCACAGAGGAUUGGGAAGGAUGGAGUUUGAUCACGACGGCAGAGCGGCUACGAGUUCUCGACCUUAGCGGUUGCAACGGUUUAAGAUGUACUCCUGAUCUCUCGGCUUUCACGCAGUUGAGGGUUCUCCGCUUGGACCAUUGUGCCGCACUAGAGCAUCUACACCCUUCUGUUGGCAAACUCAAGAGCCUCAUUUCCUUGGAAUUGAGCUUCUGUUUUAGUCUCAAGGAGCUACCAGAGGAAGUGUGCGAAUUAAAAGAAUUAGAAGAACUUGUAUUAGAUGAUUCUGGUAUUACAGAGAUCUCUACGUCUAUCAUUGGUUCUCUGAAGAAGCUGAAGACACUGAGCGCCUACCGUUGUGAGUCACUGAGAGAAAUCCCUAACUCAAUUGGGGAUUUACAAAAUUUGCAACACCUGAACUUGAGUGAUUCUGGGAUUGAAAAGCUUCCCAGUGCUAUUGGGGAUCUUUCUUCUCUCCAGCACCUUGACCUAUGGCGCUGUGACAAGCUCCGGUCGCUGCCACGGCUUUCUAGCCUAAUCCACCUAGAAGAACUCCAUCUUCUAGGAUGCCAUCUACUUGAAGACAUCCCCGAGCUUCCCUCGAGACUCUUGAUACUCCGUAUUGAGAAGUGUGGUAAGCUAAUAUUGCUUAAGCUCGAUGGAUUGAAGAACUUGGAAGAGCUUUCAAUAAAAAGGUGCAGUUCAAUUGAAAGAUUGGACCUUUCACGGUUAAUUCAUCUGAAACGAUUACACGCUGAGCAUUGCAAUGACCUAGUCGAAAUUCAGGGCAGUGAUAAUUUGGAGUUCUUGGAGGGCAUAUUUAUAUAUGACUGCAAUUCCUUUAAAAGGCUUCUCUGUCCAAAAUCAGGGCGUUUGAAGUGGUUAGUGGCUGUCAGGUGCAACAAUCUAGUUGAAAUUCGAGGUCUUGAUGGUGCGAAAUUCUUAGAAGUGUUGGAUUUUAUAGGAUGCGAAUCAAUGGAGAUGUUGCCAAAUUUGACGGGAUGUGAGAAGUUACGAUCUCUAAUUGUUCGAAACUACAACAAACUUACUCAGCUUCGGGAACUUGAAAAGUUGGAUUUGAUUGAUUUGGAUAUUUCUGGUUGCGACUCAUUGGAAGCAAUAUCGAAAUUAUCUUGCACGCGCGUUAUUAGAAGUUCUGAAUGAGAGCUGUGUUGUGUUCUCUAUGGAAAUGUUAUCUUGCAGUGAUAAUGAUGUGAGGAAUCUUAUAUUACAACAGUGAGACGAGUCAUGUUUCUUCAAUAGAGAUAAAUAAGCAGUGAACAAUCUUUUUCCUUUUGA